AUGUCCACAACGGACCUUUCACCCACGGGCGCCGCCGAGUCCACCCGGGAGAAGACGGCUCGGGCCGUGUCCGUGUCCGAGUAUUUCAGGGAGAGGACCCAGCAAUGGCGUGCUAUCUACGAGCGCAAACGCCCCUUGACUCUCCUCGAACUUCCCAUCGACAUCCUGCAGCUGAUCAUAACACAUACCAAUGACCUGACGCAGCUGGCUCUGACCAACUCGGCCCUGUACAGUCUCGCCAUCCCCCUCAUCUACGCUCGCUUCGACAUCGUCUGGCCGGAUGGGCAGUCCGAAGCCACCGAGUCUAAGAGCGUCGAUGCUCUCACAUACGGCUUGUCGACCCUCAGCCUCGGCAGCUCGUUUGCACGCACCGUGCGCAGGACCUUCGACCCGAGGGCCUCAAACCUGUCCAAGCUCGCCGACAACGACUAUGCCUCCUACACCAAGAAGUUCUCCCUGGGUAACGGCCCGAGGGAAUGGGUCGCAGAGUACGUGAUUUCGAAGGAAAGCGGCAAGAUGCUCGGCACCCUCGCCGCUACCGCCAUCACCAAGAUGAAGAACCUCGAGACCUUCGUGUGGGAUAUGCCCACCGGCGUCCCGUCGCGAGUCUUCGAAGCGCUGGCUUCGCUGGCCAAUCAACCAGAUGGCGAGUGCAAGCUCAAUCGGGUGUGGGUGCGAUGGCACGACAACUCUGAUAAUCCCGAACAGCUGCCUCCCGUCAUUCCCCCCAGCUUCGCUCCUCAUCAGGGGACCCAGCAUACCCCUGUAGGUUUCCUCCUGCCACCGACUGCCAGCCACCCGCCUCCACGACCACCAGUGCGGUACUCCGAGUACCGUUGCGAGUAUCCCACCUUCAGCGUGCUGCCGCCGCUCAAAAGUCUGACAGUCUUGGAUAUCGACGAGAUCGGCUAUCUGGACGAGAUGGCCGUCCUCAUCGAGCGCUCCAAGGACUGCCUUCGCGAGCUCCGGGUCAGCAUGUCGCCCAAGGUGCGGAACAAGGCCUGGACGCAACCAUGGGAUGGUCCUGGGCUGAAGCAGAUCGACCACCGAGCCCGGUGGCCGGGUGAGAGUACCAUUGGCGACAGACGGCUGGGCGGAGUGCUUGGCGUGCUGGUAGGCAGGAUUUAUGACAUUCGGAAGCGUCACUUGACCAAGCACAAGUCGACGGUCGAAGGUUCCGCUCCCGGAGACGCCUCUCCAAGUUUGCCGCCAUCGACAAGCCCUCAGACGCAUCUAGAUGUGAAGGACGGGGCAGAGACCCAAAAGCCCGGUAGCGCCGGAAAAGCGUCGCCGGACGAUGAAAGGUCAAACUCGCACGGCCCGUCCAAAGGAUCGAAGCUUAGCAGGUCCAGCACCGCUCGCAAGAAGAGGCUGGACGGCAAGCUGAAGCUGCACACCUUGGAGCUUGAGGGAGUGGUGCUGUCGCUCCAAGUCUGUCGAUUUGCUAUCGACUGGUCCGUCUUGACGACCCUCACCCUGCUCAACUGCGCCCAGCAUCACGAUGUGUUUUGGAAGAUGCUCAACAAACAGUUCCAGCCGACGCCGGUGGGCGCUGUUUCGGGCGCAUCGCCGCGCAAUAAAUCGUCUCCUACGGGUACCACCUCCCUUCAGUACCACCUGGCACUCAAGGCUAUCCACACAGACAGGACGACGCACGCUCUGGUAACAUUCAUCAAAGAGACACUCGCUCCAAACUCACUCGAGCUCCUGUUUCUGCAGGAUGUGAGGCACACCGGUGACCCGAUCCCGCUGAAUGACAUCUUCAGGGGAGCAAUCAAACGGCACGCUUCCAGCCUGCGCAAGCUCCUCCUGGACAGCUCCUCCAGACAGACCGCAGUCAACAACCGGUGGGUCCACUGGGCGCUCACCACGGACAUGGUGCAGUACAUCACGAGCGGCCGGAUGAGUAACUUGCGCGAGCUGGCUGUCUCGCUGGAGUACAAAGACUGGCACACAUUCCUCCAGCGCUUGCCCAACAUACCCCAGCUCCGCUCCAUCAACAUCCCGCACAUGGCCGAGUACCCCGGCGGCGCGUUCGACCCCAGGGAGCUCGCCCUUCAGCUCGUCGACAUCAUCACCCUCCGGCCGGACAUCCGCCUCUGCUACAUCGGCGUCGGCCCCAAGUGCUUCGAGAUCCUCGAGUCGACGGAGCCCGCUCGAACUGGAAAGCGAGGUGCAGGUGCAGCUGCUGGAGCCGGUGCCGGUGUUGAGGCGCACAGCGAUGAGGGCAGUGAUGAGGAGGAUGAUGAUGAUGACGAGGAGGAAGGAGAAGGCGAGGGUGAGGGGGUAGGAGGCACCAACGGCGAGGACGAAGAGGACGAGGAAGAGGACGACGAUGAUGAUGACGAGGAGGACGAAGAUGACGACGACGACGGGUUUGUCGAGCCCGGCGGCAUCAAGCUAAAGCUGAGGGAGAUCUUGUUUUACGACGACAAGGUGGCCAUCUUCAGGGCCCGACACGGCAAACUGUGAUGGAUUGAUCUGCUUGAGAUGGCUUUGAUUUGAUUGAUUUGGUCUGGAUUUGGCCUGGGAUUUAGGCGCUCGAUGGGACGGAAGAUAGGACUGGACAGGGCAGGACGGAGACGGGCUGGCCGUGCGUUGGGCUGGGUUGCGAGUCGCGUCGUGGCAUCGUCGUCAAGCAAUCUCGUCAAACAGUUGAAUGGCUUGCUAGGCUGGGCUGGGCCGGUCCGGGCUGAUCAAAGCGAUAUCGCGUGGACGGACUUCCUUUUAUCUUCCUUCUCUUUUUCCUCGUCAUGCUCAUACCCAUACCCGUACAGUUAACUACAUGAUACAUACGUUUUCUUCC